GCGUCAGCGCGCGUAGCGAACCAAUCGCGGGCGCUCCCCGGAGGCCGCGUCACAGGCCGAGCAGCCAAACAGAAAAGUUUAAUAAACAGCGGACGGAGGGCCGGCGGCUGCGGCGGGCCGGAGCGAGUCGGGGUUCGGAGGCCUCACCUGUCCUCACUCAGCGGCGGCGAGAGGCGGCGGCGGCAGCGCGUCGGGCGGAGAGGGCCGCCGCCAGGAAUGAAUCUGAAGUCUGCUGCAGUAAAACACUGAAGGCUUUAAAAUGUUUUCUUGCAUAAAACUCAAACUUUAAGUAGCUGCUUAUGAGGAUAGGAAAGGCAGGAAGCUAAUGUCUAUCUCAAGACACAGGACAGCUGUUUGCUCAUCAACCUCAACUGUUGCAAGCAACAGCAGGAAAGAAAACUCGACAUAGGGAUCUGGGGACUGCUAUGCAGAGAGUUAUCAAGCCUACAGUACAGUAGGAAAUUUAACUUAAGUCCCUGUUCUUUCAUCAGAGUGAGCAGCUUUCUUCCCAAGAGUUUUCUGUCAAGAUGAAGGGCCCAAAGAGUAUAUAGCCUCUGAUAAGUUGACCUGCUCAGUGGAAGGCCACACAUCCCAGAAUAUUUGGCCUUGAUGGGGUUGAGGGACUGACACAAAGGUGUGCAACGGAAGAACAUGGCUCAAGAAACUAACCACAGCCAAGCACCUAUGCUUUGCUCCACUGGCUGCGGAUUUUAUGGAAACCCUCGUACAAAUGGCAUGUGUUCGGUAUGCUAUAAAGAACAUCUUCAAAGACAGAACAGUAGCAGUGGUAGAAUAAGCCCACCUGCAGCUUCUGUCAGCAGUCUGUCUGAAUCGUUACCAGUACAGUGCACAGACGGCAGUGGCCCAGACGCUCAGUCAGCACUAGAGUCCACGUCUUCAUCUCUGCAACCAGGCCCUGUAUCAAAUCAGUCACUUUUAUCAGAAUCUGUAGCACCUUCCCAAGUGGACAGUACAUCUGUGGACAAAGCAGUAUCCGAGACAGAAGACCUUCAAGGACCCAGAGCAGAGGGACUUGUUCCUCUUGAAUGUGAUCCUCCAUCUUCAGUAUCAGAUACAACACAGCAGCCAUCUGAAGAGCAAAGCAAGUCUCUUGAAAAACCAAAACAAAAAAAGAAUCGCUGUUUCAUGUGCAGGAAGAAAGUGGGACUUACUGGGUUUGAAUGCCGGUGUGGAAAUGUUUACUGUGGUGUGCACCGUUACUCAGAUGUACACAAUUGCUCUUACAAUUACAAAGCUGAUGCUGCUGAGAAAAUCAGAAAAGAAAAUCCAGUAGUUGUUGGAGAAAAGAUCCAGAAGAUUUGAACUCCUGCUGGAAUACAAAAUCCUUUGACCAUCUGCAAACUAAAAAUUGACUUGAGGUUUUUUUUCCUAGUCCUUGGGAAUGUAGAGCACCGUAUCUUGCAUAGACCUUUGAAUCAUGCAUGUCAUCAGAAGAAUAGAUUUUUGUUUUUGUUUUGAAAAUGACUCUGAACAUUUAUUUCCAUUGCAGUUUCUGUGGCUGAAAAGAAGUAUUAUCCUUUUAAGAUCAUUUUAAUUUUAGUUGAGUGCAGAGGGCUUUUAUAACAAAUGUGGAGAAAUUCUGGAGGGCUGUGAUUUUUCCAGUAUUAAACAUGCAUGUGUUGAUCUUGCA